CUGAAGAACCAGGGCGCCACCUGCUACAUGAACUCCCUCCUGCAAACGCUCUACUUCACUGGCAAACUGCGCAAGGCAGUGUACCAGAUGCCCACAGAGGGUGAAAACUGCAAGAAAAGCGUUGCCCUGGCCCUGCAGCACGUCUUCUACGAACUGCAGUUUAGCGAUCAGCCUGUGGGCACAAAGAAGCUGACCAAGUCCUUUGGCUGGCAGCGGGUCGACUCGUUUCGACAGCACGACGUGCAAGAGCUCUGUCGGGUGCUCUUCAACAACAUGGAGAACAAAAUGAAGGGAACCGUUGUGGAGGGCACCAUUCCUCGUCUCUUUCAGGGAAAGAUGUUUUCCUUCAUCCGUUGCAAGCACGUCGACUUCAGCUCCUCCCGCACCGAGCCCUUCUACGACAUUCAGCUGAACGUGAAGGACAAAAAGGACAUCUACGAGUCUUUUGUAGAGUACACCCAAACGGAACUGCUCGAUGGCGAGAACAAGUAUGACGCCGGCGUCUUCGGCCUGCAGAAGGCAGAGAAGGGCGUCACCUUUGAGUCAUUUCCGCCAGUGCUGCACCUGCACCUCCUUCGCAUUCAGUACGACCCGGCUACGGGCAGAAAAGUGAAGAUUAACGACCGCUGCGAGUUUCCCGAGAAGCUCAAUCUGGACAAGUUUCUCUUAAAGCCGGAGUCGAUGCCGGCCGAUUACACUCUGCACGCGGUGCUGGUGCACAGCGGCGGUUCCCAUGGCGGCCACUACGUGGUCUUCAUCAACCCAAAAGGAGACGGAAAGUGGUGCAAAUUCAACGACGACGUCGUCAGCAGCUGUGAAAAGGAGGACGCCAUCGACGCCAACUACGGGGGCGGCGGAAUACAUGAAAGCACGGUGAUGCUCUCCACCAGCGCUUACAUGUUGGUCUACAUUCGCGACAGUGAGCUCGCUGACGUCCUCGCCCCGGUGACUGCGGCGGACAUUGAAGAGCAGCUGUUUGAGCGGAUGCAAGAGGCAAAACGGCAGAAGGCGCUGCGUCAGAAAGAGCGCCAGGAAGAGCACCUCUACCGCAGCGUGAAGGUCUACACCGAGAGCGCCCUGAUGACGCACAAGGGCGCCGACCUGGUCAGCGCUGGUAAACGGUCGCCCUGUGUCAUCCUGAAGUUGGCCAAAUCGGCCAGCUACAGCGAGGCAGUAGCCACUGUCGCCCAGCAGAUGGGCUACCCAGUGGGCAGCAUUCGCCUGUGGCCCUUUCGUAAGCGCAGCAGCUACUCAAAUCGGCCGAUGCGCGUCCAGGACAUUGCCAAAACGGUGGCCAACUUCCUCGAUUCCAAAAGCGGCGAUGCGCUCUUUGUGGAGACGGCGCCGCCGAGGGUGCCCGUCCCGGUGCUGCCCAUCUCGGAGAAAAGUGUGCACGUUCUCAUCUUCUUCAAAUACUACGACAUCAGAAGCCGCUUUCUCACCUACUGCGGCCUGGCGCACGUUCAACGCCGCGCCAAAGUGGCCGACCUUUUCGAGAUGAUGUGGGAGAAGGCAUGCCUGCAGGUGGGCACUCCGCUGAAAGUCUAUGAAGAGGUGCACUACGACAACGUCCGCCCGAUGAUCAACUUUAAAACGACGCUAGAGAAGGCCAUCAUCAACCUGAUGGACGGCGACAUUAUCGUCUUUGAACGCGGUGACCUGAACCCGCCAAAGGACGGCCCCUCUGGCUUUCUCGAGUACUUCCAAGACAUGCUGAGUCGCGUGGAGGACGGCCCCUCUGGUUUGCUCGAGUACUUCCACGACAUGUUGAGUCGCGUGGAGGUGCUUUUCGCUGACAAGAACGUUCCCAACGACCCGGGCUUCUCUCUGGAGCUGUCAAUGAAGAUGAAGUACAGCCAAAUUGCAAAGGCGGUGGCCAUGCGUCUCGGCGCCGACCCGUUGAAAUUGCAGUUUUUCAAGAAGCAAAGUACCUACAGCGACGGGCCGGGUGAACCGUUAGCCUGCAGCUACGACGGCACCCUCGAAGACAUUUUGCUGUACGCUAAGCAUCGCCAAGCGAAGAAGCUUUACUUUCAGCAUCUCGACAUUAGCAUCUACGAGAUGGAGAACAAAAGGCUUUUCACGUGCACAUAUGCCAACACUAAUUUGAAACAAGAGCUGGAACUGCUUCUAAACAAGGCAGGCACUAUCACUGAACUGAUGCAGGAAGCGGUGAAAAAGACUAAAGUGAAGAUCAUUUCCCCACAUCGGCGACUGCUUGAGAUUUACCGUUGCAAGAUCAACCGCGUCAUCUUUGAUGAUACCAAAUUCGAGAGCAUAAAUCCGAAUAAAUACUUAAGUUACCGCGUGGAUGAAAUCCCUUACGACCAGGUGAAGAUAGAGCCGAAUGAGUUUCUACUUCCGUUGAUUCACUUUGAGAAGAAUUGCUACCGAACCUUUGGCGUGCCAUUUUUGAUCAAGGUGAAAGAUAAAGAGUCAUUUGUCACUGUGAAGGAGAAAAUUCGAAAGAAACUUGACGUUUCUGAUCAGGAGUUUAAAAAGUACAAGUUUGCUCUCGUUGCAGACCAAGUCACCUACAUCACCAACGAGAAGAAACAGAUCUUUAAAAAAAACGAUCCCGCUGUCAGCUAUUCAGCCACACACACCUACGUGCCUAAGUUGUGGAUAGGUUUGGAUCGCGAGAUCAAGAUGACGGAGCUUUCAAAAAACAUUUUCCACGAAACGGCCAUAAAGAUUCACAACUGA